UCAAAAAAGAAGACGAGAGAAGAAAGGGGAAAUCCAGUUUAUGUAUUCAAAGUUGUGCGUUUAAAAGGGUUUCUCUAGCAUAUUAAUCAAGUGGAAUUUGUGAUGUAAAUACUGGACAAAUUAUUCUGUUAUACACAACACAAUGGCCUAUCAACAGCCGGGUGGCCAGCAUGUUCCAGACUACAGUCGGAAUGUAGACUAUGCCUCUUGGAACUACCAGCAACAGCAGCAGCAGCAGCAGCAGAACACGCUAGGCCGGAGAUCGUCUUAUGGCAGCUUAGAAACAACUUCCCCACCCACCUGCGCCCUCUCCCCCUGGAACUAUGACAACCAACAUUUUCCUGGAACUCCUGACAGUGUGAAAAGCAACAAGAAACGCAAAGGCACUUCAAGCAGUAGAGAUUCCGACGAUGAGGACAGCCAGGCAGGAAUGUCCUACGUCAGCAGUGACCAGGCAGACAAGGAAAAAUUUGCCAGUGAAUCAAAAGCAAGAGACCUAUUCCAGCCUGAAAUGAACACUGACAUAGAAAGCAGAAGGAAAUUGGAGAGCCACUGUGAGAUUGAGCGUCGGCGGCGUAACAAGAUGACAACAUACAUUAAUGAGCUGUGCGACAUGGUCCCAACCUGCUCUACCCUCGCAAGGAAACCGGACAAACUGACCAUCCUCAGAAUGGCCGUCUCACACAUGAAGUCACUCAGAGGAACUGGGAACACCAACACAGAUGGCUCAUACAAGCCAUCCUUCCUUACAGACCAGGAGCUCAAACACCUCAUACUAGAGGCAGCUGAUGGAUUCCUGUUUGUGGUUCAGUGUGAUACAGGCCGUAUUAUCUAUGUGUCUGACUCCAUCGUUCCAGUCCUUCACCAGUCACAGGGUGACUGGUUUGGUAACUGCAUGUUUGAUCUCGUCCACCCUGACGAUGUAGAGAAAGUACGCGAGCAGCUAUCCACUUCUGAGUCACAAAACACCGGCCGAAUACUUGACUUGAAAACUGGAACAGUCAAGAAGGAGGGUCAUCAAUCGUCAAUGCGUGUGUGUAUGGGAUCUCGGCGAGGCUUCAUCUGUCGUAUGAAGAUGGGAAACAUGCAAGUUGACCCGAUGACCGCCAACCACUCCCUGCGUAUCCGUCAACGAAACACCCUUGGACCCUCCACUGACGGUAACCACUAUGCCGUCGUCCAUGUGACUGGCUAUAUCAAGAACUGGCCACCAUCAGGAAUAGGUGUGCAAGCAGAUGAUGAGCACGGAAACAGUCACUGCUGUCUGGUGGCCAUUGGACGUCUCCAGGUGACCAGUGCCCCUAACUGCUCUGAUAUCAUGGGUAACAGCACUAAUGAGUUCAUCUCACGCCUCUCCGUUGACGGCAAGAUGACCUUUGUGGACCAGAGGGUAACAAGCCUGCUGGGUUACCAGCCCCAGGACCUGUUGAACAAAUCUGUGUACGACUUCUACCACCCAGAGGACCAGGCACAUAUGAAGGACACUUUCGACCAAGUGUUGAAGCUGAAGGGUCAGGCAAUGUCAAUCAUGUACCGUUUCCGGGCGUCCAACCGUGAGUGGGUGUGGCUACGGACAACCAGCUUCAGCUUCCAGAACCCCUACACAGAGGAGGUCGAGUACAUUGUGUGUACAAACACCGCCACCAAGACGGGCCAGCAGUCGUCCACCACUGCAGGAAGCCAGGGGGCAAUGAUGGAGACCCCAGGGGAAACAAACCCAGCUGCCCUUGGGGCCUUCCCACGGCCUAUGAUGGGCGGAGGGCAGGAGUCUCUCAACAUGCCUGCCACCAGCAAACCUGAUUACAGGGACCAGUUUGGAGGUGGCGACCCCUACCGGCAGCAGUUGGGAGGAAGACAGGCGAUGGGUUAUGGGGGCUUCCAGUCCCAGUCCCCUAUGAAGACGCCUCCUCAGGCCACCGUAAGCAGCCUCCACUACCAACGACAGUCCCCGGCUACCUCUGCCAGCUGGGGUUCACCACAGGGUCACUUCACACAACAGAACCAGACUGGAGCUGAGUUUGGAUCCCAGGGAGGAGCAGCUGCUGGAGGGCCUGGGUUUGCCCAGAUUAGCCCAAGUAGUACAUCUCCCGGCGGAGCCCAACCAGGUGCGGGUAUCUGGCCGGCAGGCUGGCAGGGUGGGGCAGGAGAGGGUAACCAGCCCCAGGGUGGUGCCCCCACCCACCAACCGCCCAAUCAGCAGGAGGAAAACUUCAGUGAGAUGUUUCGCAUGCUUGAUCAGCAGGGACAAGAGUUUAACGACCUGUCUGGAAUGUUUAACACCUUCACAGAAUAGAAUCACACACAUCCUCUGCAGAAUAUUAACACCUUUACCGAGCAAAAUCACACAACUUCUCUGGAAUGUUUUACACUUUGCAGAACAGAAUCACACGACCUCUUUGGAAUGUUUUACAUAUUCACAGAAAAAACUCACACAGAAUAAGUCCUUUAACAAAUGUACGAGUAUGCCUGGACAGUCAACAUGUGUCAUGCCUUCUUGUCAUUGUAUGCUGAUCAUUGGAUGGCAUCAUUAUGUUUAAAAUCUUCAGCUGGUUGAUAUGUAUAUAGGACUGAACAAUCAGUACAUCUCUAAGUACUGCAGUUCCCUGCUAUAUGUAAUCUCAUGACUAUAUAUGGGUGUAAAAGUGAAAUUUCAGUACAUUAGAAUAUGUACCAGCUUAAGAGUUCAGAUGGGUUUUUGUGAAAUGAAUUAAAUGGUGAAUGGUGUUAUUAUAGUGAUGAUAAUUGAAAAUUAUAGUCAUGAUAAUUAAAAAUAGUGACUAUUUCUCUACGCAGUUGUUACAUAAAUUUUUAACAUUUAACAUGCUGUCAUUCAAUGGAGUGCUUAAACUUCAUAUGGGUCAAUAUUUGAACCCAUGCAGAAUAUGCAUUAAUUGCUUCCAUGAUCUGUGUUUUUUGAGGGGUUUUCAAAACAACAAUACUAAAAUUUAAAAGCUUUUACUUUACAAUUAUUAUUUAUUCUGAGUUUUUGUGUGAUAUUGAACAGAUCAUUAGUUGCUGAAAUAAUAAAGCAUAAAAUGUUAAAACUUAAUACAUGCAAGAUUAGAAUUUGUAUAAUUAAUGUUGUAAGUUGUGUCUAAAUAUCAAAUUUUUACAGAUAAUUAAUAUCAAUAUAUUUACAAAAGAUGUUAGUGUUUGUUUUUAAGUAUUAAUUUCAUUUUGUUUUGAGUAUGUAAGUUUUUGCUGCACAAGGUGUGUCUGUAAAAUUUGUGGACAAAGUUAAUUAAAUGUCACAAACUAGAUAUAUACCCAGUAUCACUGUGUUGACAGUUCAUCCUGGAACAAAUGAUCAAGUUUCAUGACUUUAUUCCAUAACUUAUAUUGUGAAUUUUACACUGGAAUUUUCCAUGAUAACUUUGGGGCAAUUUGUUAUGUCAUUUGAGCACUUAUCAAUAUAUGCAAUCAUUUUAAGAAUAGUAAAAUUAUUUAAAGCAAUAAGAUAAUUAAGCUAAAAUGCAUGAGUAAUUUUAUGAUUGAUGGUGUAUUCUUGCAUAGUUCAUAUGACUAACCAUAUGGUCCAGUCACCAGCCCAUUAUUUUCCUGACUUGAUCUGUGAUCCAUUGAUACCCGUACUCAAGCUCAUAUCAGUUGGGAGUCUUUAUUCAAAGUUUUCUUUGGGUUAGAUAUCAAUGUUACAAAUAUAGUUUGCAAAAUUAAAGGGACUGUGUCACAGAUUGGCACCAAUUAUUUUUUUUCUGUAACGAAUCUCAGGACAAUUAUCUAAUAGAAUGUGUUAGGCUUUGAUAUCAUAAUUGUAAAAAAAGUACCAAAAUGUAAAAAAAUAAAUGUGUUGAAGACCGGGUUCGAACCUGCGUCGCCAAAAUUGAAGCCAAGCGUUUUACUCACUAAGCUACAAAGGCUUAUUCUAAUCGGGUGACAUAAUUAAGCUAUACACCUACCUCGGUAAUAUCACGUGAUAACACCGACUAGCCAAUCACGCAUAAGGAAUUAAUUCUACCUGGUAGACAUAUCCAGUAAUCUUUUUUAGUAAUGAUUUUGUUAGUGAACAUUCAAAUUAUGUAUUUAAAAUAUAUCGACAAGUGAGCUUGAGACGUCUUUAAGAUUUAUAAAUAUAUGACAUGCCUUGCUCACAAGUAUGCUCAUAUGAAAUAUUCAUCAUAAUUUUGCCUGUGUUCAACAAAACUCAAUGAUAUACAGGAUAGACCAAUCUAAUAUGCUCCAAUCAAUGCUAAUGAUUUACCUUUGGGAUAAUUAUGUUAAUCAACAUUUAAAAUAUUUCAAUUGUCUACAAACUUUACAUACACAUUUCAUGUGUACUAUGUUUUGUGCUUUUAAUGAAUGGGGGUCUCUGAUUAUUUCCCUCUGUUGUCAUAAUUGUUUGAGCUUCAUUUCACUAUUUUGUGCCUUCAGACAUGAACAUUUCAUAUGAAAUAAUCAUAAACAUCAAAUUCUGAAAAUGCAUUUUUCAAGGUGUUUUAAUUUCUUCCAACUUUUUUCAUUUAAAGGAUUGUCAUUGGUACAUUAUUUUCUUGAUUGUUUCAUGACACUUACCUUAUUCCUGUUUCCAUAGUAACUACAGAUUUUUUUCCAGACUGGUUUUGAUUGGAUUCAUUCUGCCUCUUUCAAAUGGUCUAAUUGGUAAAAAUAACAUGAAUAAUUAAACUUUAUGAUGAAUAAAGAUUCAGUGUUAGAAUAAAAACUAUAAUUAUAAGCUAAUUGGAAAUUUAAUAUGUUUAUAGUGUUUUGUGUCAAUUUUGUUAUAUACUUCAAUAAUGAUGUCAUGUUUGUAAAGUCAGUUUUAGUGUUCAAAAUACAACAAUUCAUGGUCUUAUUUGUAAUAGAUCUCAGACAGUUAAAGAGAUAUUGUCAUUAUUUUUUCAGUAUAUCUGUCUAAAAAUGCCAUAAAUUGAAAUACUCAAUAUAAAGAAUGUAUUUCUGAAGGCCCAAAAUCAUGUGAUUAGGCUCAUGUGUUGUUGUUUUUUAACUUCAUUAUAUGAGGUACAGAUUUGAAUUUAGGCUAUACAUGUAUAUGCCAAACACUUUGCUUCACAGAACUCCUGCCAUUUCAUGUCAUUAUUCACGACACAGCCUGUCACAGGUACAAAUGUACAUUUAAGUCAUUGUAGCUUUUAAAUAACAAACUUUAUGAAGGAUUUUCAUUGAAAUAAGAGUCAUAUUCAUUAUUUAAACUAUCGUAUUAUGCAUUAUGUAAAUAACCUUCCAUGUUUAUUGAAUUUUACCAUAAAACAAAGUGCUUUACACUCUAUUAACUUUUUGAAGGGUUUACGGCUUUUUGGAUUCAUCAUGUAGAUUUUGUAAUAAUUCUGUCUUUUAUUUAAGACUAUACUGUUAUAUAUCUGCAGUAAAGGCUACCAAGUAAAUCCUCACUUCCAUGUUAUUCAUAAGGCCAUACCAAAUUGUUUCUAUGUCUUCCUGAUAAACAAAGAACACAUUGUAUUUGAUCAACGAUAUUGCUAAAUAUAUAUAUAUUUUGAUUUCCCUUCACUAUAAUUCCAACUACCUGUAUAAAACUCAAGCGUUAUCAACAUGCUCCAUACAUUUGUACUUUGUUAUUGUAUUUUUGGCAUUUGCUAUCAGAAAAUGAUACAUUCUGUGCGAUUUUUAUGAUCAACGCACUUGUAUACAAGUUUUAUUUGAACUCUUUUUUUUCAGGAUAGCUAUAAAGGUUUUUGUAUGAAGGAUUGCCGCUAAACAUAAACUCAUUUUGGUAUGGUCUUAGGUUAAAAGUGUUUUAUUUCCGUCAGAAUUACAUGCAGAUUUGAUAAAUCAUGUAACUUGUACAUGUAUGACAAUUAAAAAAAUCAUCAUCUGCAUUUUCUUUAUUUACCAUAGUGACUGCUGGCAAUCAGAUAUGGGCUACUUUUGUUUGUUUUAGAAAUGGAAAUACUUUUCUUCAGUCUUCAUUUUUUCUUACGAAGAGCAGAUUGUUCAAGAUGUUCUUUUUUAUCUUUUAUACACAUAGAAAUGUGACAUAUAAUGUAAGGAAUGUACCAAAAUAUUUCGCUGGAUAAGAGAUAAAGCUGUUAGAUGUCACUUUUAAACCAGGAUAACCAAUAAUUCUGCGUUUUAUAUGCAAAUGCAAAACAAACUGUAAAUUACUUUGUUGAUACUAAUUAAAUGGCAGUCAUGGUUUCAUUUCCAACACAAGCACAUUGAUAAAAAAUAGUAUUUAUUGUAUUAUUUGAAUUGUUAUGCUUGAAUUUAAACUUAUAGGAUAAUUAAUGGAAUAAAUAGUUUAAGAGUUGUGACAACAUUUUUUUACGAAAUGAUUUUGGUGAUUUUUGCACAAUGAGUACAUUGACACUUUAUGGCUGCCAUACCAACAGUUAUUUUCAAUGGUCACUUUAGGUGGCAGCUUACUCAGUUCUGCUUUCUCCGCUGUCACCUACCUGUACUUAGUUUGCAUUUUCACAAUCAUCACAAGUUGAAAUUAGUUUUAUUUUUUUCUUACUUGUUAAUGAGUGUUUGAAUACAUAUAUUUAUUUGUGUAAAUAUUUUACAAAGAAAAUAAAGUAUACCUAUAUUGUCA